GUGUGUGUGUGUGUGUGUGUGAGCAGGCACUAAGCUGUGCAGGCUGUGAGUCUGCGUGUGUGCGAGAGCGAUGCCAGCUGCCGGUCAUGCCUGCCCCUAGGGAGGUCCCUACCAGCACCAACCCUCUGUGACAGAGGCCCCGAGGUGGCAGUGCCCACACCCUGCCUGCCAUGGGGGGACAGAUCACCCGGACCACCCUCUAUGAUUCUAUCGGCGGCCCCUUCCCUGCCUCCUCUCACCGAUGUCACCACAAACAGAAGCACUGUCAGCCAGCGCCCCAAGGCGGGAGCCUUCCGGCCACACCACUCCUCUUCCAUCCACACACCAAGGGCUCCCAGAUCCUGAUGGACCUCAGCCACAAGGCUGUCAAGCGGCAGGCUAGCUUCUGUAAUGCCAUCACCUUCAGCAACCGGCCCGUCCUCAUCUAUGAGCAAGUCAGGCUAAAGAUCACCAAGAAGCAAUGCUGCUGGAGUGGAGCCCUUCGGCUGGGAUUCACAUGCAAGGAUCCAUCCCGAAUUAACCCUGACACGUUGCCCAAGUAUGCCUGUCCUGACCUUGUAUCCCAGAGUGGCUUCUGGGCCAAGGCGUUACCUGAGGAAUAUGCUAAUGAGGGUAACAUCAUUGCCUUCUGGGUGGACAAGAAGGGCCGUGUAUUCUACCGGGUCAACGACUCUGCCGCCAUGCUGUUCUUCAGUGGUGUCCGAACUGCUGAUCCCCUGUGGGCCCUGGUUGAUGUCUAUGGCCUCACAAGAGGUGUCCAGCUGCUUGAGAGCGAGAUUGUCCCCCCAGACUGCCUCCGUCCCCGGUCCUUCACUGCCAUCCGAAGGCCCUCGCUGCGGAGAGACCCUGAGGACACGCGCCUCUCUGUCAGCCUGUGCGACCUCAACGUGCAGGAUGGGAGCUUCCAGGCCGCGGCCAUGGCGGCGUCGGCCUGUUCCAUCCCUCAGAACUCCCUCAACUCUCAGAACUGCCACUCAUUGCCCCCACAGCUAGAGAGGGACCUUCGCUUCCACCAGCUGCGAGGCGCUCACAUCAAGAUCCUGGAUGAGCAGACCGUGGCCCGGCUGGAGCACGCCCGCGAGGAGCGGACAUUGGUCUUCACUAGUCGGCCUCUGCGUGUGGGGGAGACCAUCUUUGUCAAGGUCAACAAAUCCAAUACCUCCCGCCCCGGAACCCUGUCCUACGGUGUCACAACCUGUGAUCCUGGGACUCUGCGUCCCAGUGACCUUCCCUAUAACCCAGAGGCCUUGGUGGACAGGAAGGAGUUCUGGGCCGUGUGCCGGGUCCCAGGGCCCCUCCAUAGUGGUGACAUCCUGGGCUUUAUGGUGACUGCUGAUGGGGAGCUGCACCUGAGCCACAAUGGGGCAGCCGCUGGCAUGCAACUCUGUGUAGACGUUUCCCAGCCCCUCUGGAUGCUCUUCAACCUGCAUGGGGCCAUCACACAGAUCCGCGUCCUUGGCUCCACCAUCCUGGCUGAGCGAGGUGUCCCAUCUCUCCCGAGCUCCCCAGCAUCUUCACCCACUUCUCCUACUGGUCUGUGCAGUCGGCUCUCUGACCCUCUGCUGAGUGCAUGUAGCUCUGGACCCCCAGGCAGUUCUCUCAGUGGCACAGCCCCCAACUCUCCUGUAAGCCUGCCUGAGUCACCUCUGUCACCAGGCCCCGGGCUGGGGCCGGGGCCAGGGCCGUGGAGCGAUGAGUGUACCAUCUGUUAUGAGAACACAGUGGACACGGUCAUCUACACCUGCGGUCACAUGUGCCUGUGCUACUCCUGUGGCCUGCGCCUGAAGAAGACUGUCCACGCUUGCUGUCCCAUCUGCCGUCGAGUCAUCAAAGACAUCAUUAAGACCUACCGGAGCACCUAGAUCUGGUGCUGCCCCCGCUGCUCCCCCACCCCCACCCUGCCCAUGGUGGGACUCUAGCCAUCAGGAGGCCAACUCCAUCCCUACCAGAGGGCUAGCAAACAGGGACCCCUUUUUCUCUCCUUUUUGGAAACUUGUUUUCCCUUCCUCCAUUAAAAAAGCAAAGCAAAGGCUCACCGGGGGCUUUAGGGCAUAUGGGGUAGAAAGGUAGCCCCUCCAGGUGACCUCAUUGGCUACUAUCUCUGGAAUCCGUGAGAAGACAGACCUGUGCUUUGGACCCUAAUUCAUCUGGGGAUGCCCUGACUCAGCAAAAGCCUGGGCCCCUGCCUGGUGAUUUCUAGAGAAGGGGAGGGACAGGGCAAAUCCAGGGUUUGGAGAAACCAGGAAUAUCUCUCCUUGUUCCCACCCUCAUAAGCCAUGUCUGACCAGGCCUCUGGGGAGGAGUGUAAUGAGAGCCAGCACCUCCCACCCCAGAGUGCACCUGACUAGUCUGACCCCUUUAAAAAAAGCCUCUCCUGUUUUCUCUUUCUGAUUUUCUUUCCUCUCUUAUCUCUGCACUGUUUUCUUCCUCUCCUGCCAUCUCUUCUCUCUCCCUUCCUCUCAUUCUGUCUCUCUCUUCCCUUUCACAGAUUGUCAGUGUUUGACUGAAGGAUUUGGAGCUUUUUGGAAAGGAACUGCCCUGUCCAUUUUCCUCAGCUUCCCCUUCAGCUAGAGGGCAACUGGGUGGUACAGUGGAUAGAUUGUUGAGGGUGGAGUCAGGAAGACCAGAUUUCAAAUCCUCCCUCACUCUCCCUAGUUGCGUGACCCAGGGCAUGUCAUUUAACCUUUUUUUGGCCUCAGUUUACUCAUCUGUAAAAUGAGGGAGUUAACCUCACCAGCCUUCAGGGAUCCUUCCAACUUUAGAUUUCUGAUCCUAUGACCUACAGGAAGAAAGGAUAUCUGCCUUCUGAACUUUUCCCCUUCUCUUCCUUUAUGAUGAAACUCACAUCUCAGGCUGCCCCUCAGGUACGUGUGGAAUUGUGAUUUGACUGCAGUGAGGAAUAACUACAGAGAGGCCCAUUCAGAUUGGAUACCACCUCCUUUUGACUUUUGAGAAGUGGGUUUUAGUGACUCUUGACUUCUCCCAGGUCCCUGUGACCAUGGGGAGAGGUCUUGCUUUGCAGUUGGCCUCCUAAGACACAAAUCAUCUCACCCUGCAUUCAUCCCAGGCCCCCAACCAGGGUCAGGGGCAGGGGAUGCUUCUCCCCAGCUCUCCCCACCCCCACUCCCUCAGGCAUCCUCCUCCCAUCAUCUCAGUGCCGGG